CUGAGCUCGUGAAGACAUGAGAGGCCACCGGAGAGACGCGCGCCAUGUGAUCUGCUCGGAGAGCCAGGCGCGUUUAUUUUGUUGAUUGAGAAAAGUUUCAUGAAGAUAUACAAUGUUUAUGAAUGGAAGUUUUCUGAACACCUCUGCACCGGACCCCAGCGAGCAAGCGCUUCUCCGGCCGCCCUGGGUCACUACCACUCUAGGAUGUUUCCUCAUAUUCACUAUAGUGGUGGAUAUUUUAGGAAACCUGCUGGUGAUUUUCUCUGUCUACAGAAACAAGAAACUUCGGAACGCAGGUAACAUCUUUGUGGUGAGUUUAGCAGUGGCGGAUCUGGUGGUGGCCAUCUACCCAUAUCCACUGGUCCUCACCUCCAUAUUUCACCAGGGCUGGAACCUGGGGUACAUACACUGCCAGAUCAGUGGCUUCCUGAUGGGCGUCAGUGUAAUCGGCUCAAUUUUUAACAUCACCGGUAUUGCGAUUAAUCGCUACUGCUACAUAUGCCACAGCCUGAAGUAUGACAAGCUCUACAGUGACAAAAACUCAGUAUGCUACGUCCUGCUGAUCUGGGCGUUAACGGUGCUUGCCAUUGUGCCCAACUUGUUUGUUGGCUCACUGCAGUAUGAUCCGCGGGUUUACUCAUGUACAUUUGAACAGUCGGCGAGCUCGGCAUACACAAUCGCCGUAGUCUUCUUCCACUUUAUUCUUCCCAUUAUGAUCGUUACCUACUGUUAUUUGCGAAUCUGGGUUCUAGUCAUACAGGUGAGACAACGCGUCAAGCCGGACAAUCGCCCUAAGCUCACACCUCAUGAUGUAGGAAACUUUGUCACAAUGUUUGUCGUAUUUGUGCUCUUUGCUGUUUGCUGGGCACCUUUAAACUUCAUUGGACUGGCAGUAGCGAUUUCUCCAGAGCAUGUGGUUCCUCUAAUACCAGAAUGGCUCUUUGUGGCAAGUUAUUUCAUGGCGUACUUUAACAGUUGCCUCAACGCAAUAGUCUACGGAGUGUUGAAUCAGAACUUUCGACGUGAGUACAAGCGCAUCGUUGUGUCGGUAUGUACUGCGAGGAUCUUCUUUCCAGAAAGUUCUAAUGAGGCACAAGAGAGACUAAAGAGCAAACCCUCGCCUGUCAUGACCAACAACAAUCAGGUCAAGGUGGACUCUGUGUGAACAGUAUUCAUUUAUAAGUGUGAAUAUUUUUCAGUGGUGAAGAGAACUCAACAAUAUGAACCAUGCAAACAUUUCAAAGAAAUCUGACAAGACUUUACCAAAUAUGUUACCAGGGAGUAUCUAGUCCUGAAACUGUGAUCUGUUGCCUCAGCACAAUCAAAACAAAUAGGAAAUUAUCAUUACGAUAUUUUUUAUAAAACACUUUAUAAUUUUUUUAUGUUUAUUUUUUUCAUUGUUGGUCAAAUGUAACUAUGUAUGAAUUUCUCUUGUUUAAAGAAAUAUUCCACGCUCAAUACAAGUUAAGCUCAGUCGGCAGCAUUUGUGGGAUAAUAUUGAUAACCACAAAAUUAAUUUCGAAUUGUCCAUCCAAAAGCAAAAAUCUAGGUUAUAGUGAGGCGCUUAUUUUUGGAGGGUUUAAAAGGCAGAAAAGUUAAGCUUAUAGUUUUAUAAAAGCAGUUACAUUAAUUCUUCUUUUAAAACACAUUAAUUAUUUGAGAUGUAGAGUUUUUUAAAUUGUAAUUUUUACAGUCAUUUUAGGGUUUAAGUGUUUGUUGACAUUACAUUGUCGUGGCAACGAAUUUGCUAAAUUGCUUGUAACUUUACACAGAAAAGGCUAGUAAGUGAUAUUAUCACACUAAACUCAUGUUAACAUGCAUAUUGUUUACGUCUUGUGACUUAAUAGAAUUGAAAUAGUGAGUAUAUUAACCUUACGCGACCCCACGUCCACAUGUGUGGACGUUGUAUUUUUGCGAUUUCUGCGAAGCUCUCCUAUGGGCACAGUGCCAACAAAAGUGCCUCUGUAAUUUUUUUUUAUUGAAAACUGUUUAGUUGUAAAGAGUAGUGUCUCUAGUUUAGUUUGAUAUGCCACUUUAAAAAAUCCAUAAGUUAUUCGCGAUGAUAAAAAUUAAGUCCACAAAUGUGGAAAAUGGGACAAUAUUCCCUCAAAAUUAAAAAACAAAACAUGUAAGUUAUUUUAAAUAAUUUUCAACUAUAACUUAUAUAAUGUGUUCAUCCAAAAAUGUUGAGUCUUUAUAUGGAGUUAGCAUGAAAAUAAGGUACUUUCUGAGACCAGUGCAAACAUACAUCACACAGGAGGUUAAGCCAUACACUAAAUAGGGAGCAAGGGCGCAUCCUAUAGCUUUCUAUGGCAGCAUUCAAAUGCAUUAAAUCCUAAAAUCCGACCAAAAUUUCAGUUUCAGACUGCAGAUGAUGUUUGGACCACUCAACAUGUUUGGCAGAAAUGGGACAAUGAUACUCAGUACAUAGAUUCAGAAUUUUGUAAUGCAAAAUUUUAUUUUAACACAGUUGGAAAGGAUUUGAUGAUGCUGGCCAUUACUUUUAAUCAGAAUCAUUUAUUCAGCUUUAUAGAAAAUCAGCUGUCAUGUCUAUAACGUCUCAAAAACAUGAAUAACCAACACUACUGGACACAUAAACUAUUUGACAAUCAUUUGAAAUUUCACAACUUAGUCCAGCUGUCCACCGAUGUGGACAUCAAUUGUAGGAAAACUAUUUACUCUCGAUAUUUAUAUAUUUUUUGGCUUGAUUAUUAGGUGCUACUAGUUAUAAAUCAAAAAAGGAAAAUGUUGGGGUCUCAGGGGGUUAAUGUAAAAAAAUUGGUCCCCCAUUCACUUCCAUUGACAGUGCCUCACUGUAACCUAGAUAUUUGCUUUUUUUUUUUUUUUUUAAAGAAAAGGAGGGGCAAGUCAACAUUUUAUUUUUGUGGUAAUCAAUAUUAUGCCACAAAUGCUGUCGAUUGAGCUUAACUUGUAUUGAACCCGGAAUAGUCCUUUGAGUGUUUACAGUAAUCAUAUCAAGAAAUAAUUGUAAUACAUACUUUGUGUAAUGAUUUUAUAUUAAUGAUCUAUGUCUGAACAGAACAAAAUCACAUAUAAGAUAUUAAUGAUAUAUUACUGUAUAUAAAGAUAUACUGAGUGUUUCACUGAUGUUGAUCAUUCAGUGAAAAAAGAAUAACGUUAUUAAAAUGUUGCCAUGAACAUCAGCAUAUCUCUACAAUGCCUGGACAAAAAUGUGAACCAAAACGUUACAAAUUACACUACCAAAAGAGUUUGUUAGGUGUUUACUGCUUUGAAAGUAACUCAUCCGGUUUGACACUGUUAAUCUCCAUUUGAGGAAGCAAUACACCUGGAUUGCUGCUGUACCACAAAACCUGCAAAUAUGUUUGAAAGAUUCCUCACCUCUCCUUACUACGUCCUCACCUCCUAUGACCCUUUUUAACUCUCUUUAUCUCUUUUUGCCUCUUGUGUGUUUUUUUUAAGCCUUUGUCUAAUUUCUCUCCCUCACUUAUUGCCUUUAACUGUCUCUUUGUCUCCACUCUUUGUAUGCAUGGAUUUAAUUACAUGUUCAUAUGCAAAC